AGUAAUUUAAACGAACUAGGGUUUUAUAUUCUAGGAGCAAAGCCUCAGUCCCUUCCAGUCGUCUCGUCUCAAACCGUAGCACCAGCAGCUCUGUGCAGAGAAACCUCAAAAUCUUAUCUCUGCAAAAAUGGGGAUUUCUCGUGAUUCUAUGCACAAGAGGAGGGCGACUGGAGGAAAGAAGAAAGCCUGGAGAAAGAAGAGAAAGUAUGAGCUCGGAAGGCAACCUGCAAGCACUAAGCUCUCUAGCAACAAGACAGUUAGGAGGAUUCGGGUUCGAGGAGGAAAUGUGAAGUGGCGUGCUCUGAGACUUGAUACUGGAAACUACUCAUGGGGGAGUGAGGCUGUGACCCGAAAGACCAGGAUUCUUGAUGUGGUGUACAAUGCAUCUAACAAUGAGUUGGUCCGUACUCAGACUUUGGUGAAGAGUGCCAUUGUUCAGGUUGAUGCUGCACCUUUCAAGCAGUGGUAUCUCCAGCACUAUGGUGUGGACAUUGGUCGCAAGAAGAAAACCGCACCAGCUGCCAAGAAGGAAGGAGAGGAUGGUGAGGCUGCUGUUGAGGAGGAGAAGAAGAGCAAGCAUGUCCAGAGAAAGCUGGAGAAGAGACAACAGACUCGCAAGCUUGACCCGCAUAUCGAAGAACAAUUUGGUAGUGGUCGUUUGCUAGCUUCUAUUUCAUCACGUCCUGGUCAGUGUGGGCGAGCUGAUGGAUACAUCCUGGAGGGCAAAGAAUUGGAGUUUUACAUGAAGAAGAUACAGAGGAAGAAGGGCAAGGGAGCUGGGGCUGCCUAGAGUUUUGUUAUUUGAAUUUUCUUUUCACAUCAGUUAUCUAUUUUCACCUUAUUUUACUUCAUUUUGGAUUUGCAACUUAUGAUGGGAAAUUAAACUUCAAGCUAGACCUGUCAUUUGAAUUUUUAGUAGAAUAUUUGGUGUCGUGCACCACACAUUAAGAUUGUUGUGUGUUGAGUUGAAUGAUGAUGGGCUUCUUAGCGGAA